AUGAGCUUCGUGAGCUUGACUCUGGAAGAAGCGCGAAUGGUCAACCACGACACGAAAGAGCUGAAGUUCAAAUUACCUGGAGACGAUGCAACCAGCGGAUUGACCCCUGUGUCAUCCCUCCUCACUCGCCAUACAGCAGCUGGCGCUUGGUUCCCAACAUUCCGCCCAUACACACCCAUCAGCACCCCCGAUAGUCCUUAUAUCACCCUUCUUGUCAAGCAAUACCCGAACGGUCGAGCCUCGACACACCUCCACAACCUUGUCCCUGGACAGACACUCAACGUCAAGGCAAUACCCGAGUUGCCGUACAAGGCCAACCAACACAAACAUAUGGUUCUGGUCGCUGGAGGUGCAGGUAUCACACCCAUGUUCCAGAUCGCGCACACCAUCCUAGACAACCCUGAGGACAAGACUCAGUUGAGUCUCAUCUACGCCAACAAGACGGAAUCGGACAUUUUGAUGAAGAAAGAGCUCGAUGCGCUGGCCAGUCAAUAUCCCCAACGCUUCGCGACGACGUAUGUUAUCAGCGACAACAAGAAAGAUGAUAGAAGCUUGGAGAAAGGCUAUGUGACAAAAGAGAUUCUGAGCAAGGCGCUACCUGCAAAGCUCGAGGGCGAUGAUGUUAAAGUCUUGGUGUGCGGUCCUCCAGCCAUGUUGGAUGCGAUUGCUGGUGCGAAAGGCGCGAAAGGAUGGGCACAAGGAAGACUUGACGGCAUGCUCAAGGAUUUGGGCUUGACUGAGAAGCAGGUGCAUAAGUUCUAG